CGACGCCCAAGAUGGCGGCAGGAUUGAAAAGUUGUUGCCGCGGCUGCUGAGUCGGCGGCGGCGGCAGGGGCCGGCGGGAGGGAGCGCGGCUGGCGGGGCGCGGGCCGGCCAUGGCCGCCCGGUGAGGGGGCGCUCGGCCGGCCGCCGACGGGGCGGGGAUGCCCCCGGGGGGCUGGGGCCGCAGGAGGCAGCAGGAGCCCGGGGCCGCCCCCGCCCCCCGCCUGAGACAUGGAGGAUGAGGGCAAGAAGGGCAAGAAGCAGCCUGGAAUAGUGUCCCCUUUCAAACGUGUCUUCCUGAAAGGUGAAAAGGGUCGGGAUAAAAAGGCCCAGGAAAAGGUUACAGAAAGACGACCUCUUCAUACAGUAUUGCUCUCCUUGCCUGAUCGAGUUGAACCGGACAUAUUGUUGAAUGACUACAUUGAAAAGGAAGUCAAGUAUUUAGGCCAACUAACAUCCAUCCCAGGGUACCUGAAUCCCUCCAGUCGUAGUGAAAUAUUGCAUUUAAUAGACAAUGCAAAGAGGGCACAUCAGCUCCCAGGGCAGCUGACCCAGGAACAUGAUGCUGUGAUUAGUCUGUCUGCCUACAACGUCAAGCUGGUGUGGCGGGAUGGAGAGGAUAUCAUACUCAGGGUCCCCAUCCAUGACAUCGCAUCGGUGUCAUACAUCCGUGAUGACUCCUCACACCUGGUAGUGCUGAAAACAGCUCAGGACCCUGGGAUUUCCCCAAGCCAGAGUCUUUGUGCAGAAAGCUCCAAAGCACUUACUUCAGGAUCGCUGUCCGAGAGUGGAGUGGUGCCUGUCGAAGCUUGUUGUUUGGUGGUCCUGGCUACAGAGAACAAAGUAACUGCAGAGGAACUCUGCUCACUUCUCAGCCAAGUCUUCCAGAUCGUUUACACGGAGUCCACAAUAGACUUCUUAGAUAGAGCAAUAUUUGAUGGGGCCUCAACACCAACGCGCCAUAUGUCCCUACACAGUGAUGACUCUUCAACAAAAGUGGACAUUAAAGAAUCUUACGAAACAGAAGCAAGCACUUUCUCCUUUCCGGAAUCCUUGGAUACAGGUGGAAACUCGCCUUCUUCCUUCUCAACGCCUCAGUCUCCACAUGUUAAGACGGUCAGUGAAAGCGAGCUGAGCACCACGGCAACGGAGCUGCUCCAGGACUACAUGAUGACGCUAAGAACCAAACUCUCUUCCCAAGAGAUCCAGCAGUUUGCAAUGCUCCUGCACGAAUAUCGCAAUGGGGCUUCAAUACACGAAUUCUGCAUCAACCUGAGACAACUCUAUGGGGACAGUAGGAAAUUCCUGUUACUAGGCCUUAGACCAUUCAUUCCUGAAAAGGACAGCCAACACUUUGAGAACUUCCUAGAAACCAUCGGGGUGAAGGAUGGCCGGGGAAUUAUCACAGACAGUUUCGGGAGGUACAGACGGACUCUGAGCACUACCUCCAAUUCAACGACCAACGGGAAUGGAGCUGCAGGGAGUUCGGAUGACCAGUCUGCCCCUUCCGAGGGAGACGAGUGGGACCGAAUGAUCUCUGACAUAAGCAACGACAUUGAAGCUCUUGGAUGCAGCAUGGAUCAGGAUUCGUCAUGAGACACAGCUGCGGGAGGAAGGAUGAGAAGACAGCUCCUUUCAAAGGGGCUUUAUUGUUCUCUUUCACCCCCAUGCAGCGAGUGCAGCAACAUUUGCUGCUGUCUCCCUGACCUUCCAGUCUGAAAGAGGCUCCAAGGAUGAAUCGGGAUGUGAUUAUUUUUCCCCCCAUGUCAGUGGCUUCACUGGUGCCCAUUUUGUGAUGUCGGCUGGUGCCCUCUUACUGUGAAGGCAUGUGUGUGUCUUCAUGCAGGUGAGCGUGCUGUGAAAGAGGAUUCCGGGUUGGGUGAUGGAACCAGAGUCCCUUCCUCUGACUUCAUAGAACUUUUUGGUUUUGUGUUUUCUUUGCUGUCGUCGCUCUGGAGCGAUGCAACGAAGCUGGGGCAAGAAACUUGCAUUGAGCAGUAACAGCUCACUGGGACCCGAUGGCGGGUUUACAGUUUUGCACAUGAUAUUCCUAUUGUAACUCAGACUUUUUUUUUAAAAAAAAUGAAGUUUACCACAAUGUGAAUAAUUUAAACCUAUUGUUGGUGUUGUCGAAACAUUUCUAAUCCGAACCUGAAGGCUGUCUGCUGCGAUACUGACAUGAUUGUUUUGUAGCGAAGGCCAAUGUGGGCUCUUCUUCAUUGGUCACAGAGGGAACUCUGCCAAUGUGACCUCUGGGCUGUCCCCUUGCAGGAGGGGAGUUGGUUGGCGUGGGUAACCUUGGCCUUUCGCCUCUAGCACUCUGGUUCAAAUUCAGCCCAUAGUGCAGAGUGGGGCAUGAGUGUUGGCGCAUUUAGUGUUGUCCUGGUGGACAAUCUAGGUCUAAAACCAACCCUGCCAUUCAGUGUGGCUGGCAGUCUUUGCUCAGGAAAAGCCUAGGGCCUGAGGGGAAUAGGAGAUGGCACCACAUUUUUACCUCUAGCAAAGUCAUUGGUUGGGCUACUGUGCGUGUGCGCGCGCGCGUGUGUGUGUGUGUGUGUGGUGAGAGCUCCUGUUGUGGCUCUGUGAGCUCUCUGGCCCGGGGCUAGGUGGAUUCACGUUUCCAGUGCUGCUAGCUCCUUAAUCUUCACAAGCACAACUGUUCACUCAAGUAAAACCCGAUCUCAAUCCCAGUCCAGCACAAGUAGACGUGACAAGUUUCCUGCUCCUCCCCAGAGGGCGCCAUGGUGCAUAUAUACCUCCCCAGCACCCGUAGCAUCUGACCCCGCAAGGUGCGUGGGCACCUCCUGCAGGACGGACACUUUAGGGAGUUCAGGGCUCUGAGCAUCUAGCAGGAUUGACCCCAAAAGAUGGCGGUGAAUUCAGACAGGAAGUGACAGUAAAUUUAUUCUAUUGCUUAGAAUUUCCCCUUUAAGGUUACAAUAACCAGGAAAUUCUCAGCCAGGCUGAGUUUAACAUCCGUAGCUAUUUGCGUGGGGAGUUGAUUUUGGUCACCCUUGAAGGGUGAGAUGGUAACAAGUUAAACUGAUACAGUAAACUUUCUAUGAAAUUAGCAGUGGGAUGGAUGUAUAGAUAUAUAAUGUACAGGUUGUAUAUAUUAUACAGGCAAUUAUAAAUACACUUAUUUUUUGUAUCUGUAUUCCAUGCCAUAAUAUCUAUACUGGCCGCUAUAACUGACCUUCAAAGGAACAUAUUGGUUGAUACUUCAGCCCUUUCAGUAGCAAAACCCUAUUUGUUCAUGGACUCCAGGGGUUUCUUUCUUCACUCUUUUGAUAUAAUUUAAAGUAAAUUAAAAUCCUGUACUGGUGGCUGGGCAUGUUCGUCUGUCAAGAAUAGGACAUCAAACAGAGCUGGCAUUCUGUUCCCACAUGUUCUUCCCCUGAAACAAGAGAGAUCCAAAGUCUAUUUUUCUGUGUUCAAUACAGGACCCUGUGGCACAGUCAUAAAUUGACCUGGCUGAGGGAUCUCCUCCUCUUCAAGAUAUCAGUUAAUUUCACCUGGUUGCAGUGUGCAGUCCUCCUUACCUACAGUGCUGUAGGCCUAAAACGUCACUGGAAUUCUUUACAUUUUCAGUAACAGCCACUGCCUGAUAUAAGGAAAAAUGCCCAUAGACGAUAGUUCAUUUUUAUUCUUAGAUAAUAUUCUUAGUCAUUCCUUUUACCUCAAUGUUGGUGAAAUUAAAAGAUAGGACCCUAGGAUGACCAUUUUAAAACCAAAAACCCAAGGGAAAAGCCAUCCAUGCUUCAUAUUGAAAUAUGGAUGGUUCAAAAUUUUUUCCGAGAUAGAAUAGUACUGUCCAGUGAAACCAGACUUAAGUGACUAAUAGGGAACUGGCAAAAAGCAGUGGCUGAAUUAAGGGGACUUUUGGUAAGAACAGAAUUGUGCUUGGAGAAUUUGAGCAGCUUCCUCUCUUAGGAGACCACGCCAAAGUAUCCUCAAGGAUGGUAUCUUGUAGGGAUUCCUUACAUACCUUAUGCUUGCUUGCUCUUUUAAAAAACCCGUUCGGCAGUGCAUAAACCACGAAUGCAUUGGUGAGAGUUUUUUGCUACUGAAGUUCCCCAGAUGUCUGGCCUCAGCAUGGAAAGAGAGAGUCAAGCACCACCGAGGUUAUUUUUGCUUUCUGCCCCUGUGAUAAAUACACGCAGCUCUUCCUGCAAAACAAGCCUUUGGCUCUAAAAUGUCAUGACCCUAGAAACUAGAUGGAAACCUUUCUCAAUCAGCAUGCCCAUCCAAUGUAGUGUUGUUCCCUAAAGUACAUUUUGUUGAUUUUGUCUAGUCCAGUUUUCCGUGAUCUCCCCAGUGAUAUCAGUUAUUGUUCCAGCACUCCCAAGACACUUCUCCCCACCAUUAGAAGGUGUUCCCUGAUUCAGCUAAUUUCCCCCCCUUCCCCCAUUUGUUUCCCAUUACUCCUUCCAAAAACACCUUAAACUAUUCCUCCAACUCCGUGUUUCUGUCUCUCCAUUACUCAUAGACAGUUAUCACACCUGCCUUCCCCAAGUGCUAUUCAUCUAGCCAAGCUAAUUACUCUUAUUUUUCCCCCUGUAUACCAGUCACUCCAGCCCUGGAAUCAUUUCUCUGCUCUUCUCUCACUUCUGUCCUACUUGUUGACCAUGUUUCUGGCUCUACAGUGCCCCAGAACUGGGUGCAGUCUCUCAGGGCCGCCCGGAGGAUUCAGGGGGCCUGGGGUCUUCGGCGGCGGGGGUCCUUCCGCUCCGGGUCUUCGGGGCACUUCGCCGAAGACAUGGAGCGGAAGGACCCCUGCUGCAGAAUUGCCGCCGAAGACCCGGAGCGGAAGAAGCAGCGGCGGGUCCUUCACUCCGGGUGUGUUCAGCAGCAAUGAAGAACCCCCCGCCCCCAAAGUGCCAUCAAAAACUCUCGUGGGGGCUCCUGUGGGGCCUGGGGCAAAUUGCCCCACCUCCUCCCCCCUUCCCCCGGGUGGCCCUGCAGUCUCUUACGGACAGCCUUCCCAGAGCCUGCUGGCAAGGGCACUAAGAUCUCCCUGCUCAGGGGCAUUCUGCACAUUGCCUAACUUUUGCCUCCAUAUCACACUGCAAGUUCCUAUCUAAGCUGCUGUCCACUAGCAGCCCCAUGUCUCUGGGCAUUCCUGCUUUCUAGUGCAUCUCCAGUGGGGUUUCCCCUGCUCCCCACAUGUUAGCUUUGCAUUUGAGCAGAUUCAAUCACCUGCCUCCUGCAAACACUCCCACUAUGCCUAUGCUGCAAUUAGACACCCAUGGCUGGCCCAUGCUGCCUGACUUGGGCUCGUGGGUCUCGGGCUGUGGGGCUGUUUAGUUGCAGUGCAGAUGGUCAGGCUCAGAGAGCUCUGGGACACUCCCCCCUCACAGGGUCCUAGAGCCCAGGCUCCAGCCCAAGCCCAGAUGUCUAUGCUGCAGUUAAUAGCCCUGCAGCCUGAGUCAGCUGGCACGGGCCAGCUGCAGGUUUUUACGCGCAGUGUAGACAUCCCCUCACAAAGCACAGCCUGUUUUAAAUAGGGGAGUUGGAGCAGGAAGCACAUUGCCGCUCCCUAAGCUGGCUGCCUUCAAUUACUUGGUUUCUGCUGCCCUUGGCACUCGGAAUACAUUACAGCAUGGGUGCCCUGUGACCGACAAGGGGAGGACUGAACUCCUCAACGGCAGGUUUGUAUUGCUGGGGAGCGUCUAACCAACAGGAACGUUCCAGUCACCGAAGAACAUGUCAGAUCCAUUGUGUGCACUUUUUUAUUUGGAUACAAAAAUGAUGGAAAUCUUGUGUGCGGCAGCUGCAGCUCUUGGGCUCCUGGCUCAUGAGCAGUGCUGCCCUCCAGCCUCUCAAAGCUUGGCUGUCCCUGCAAUACAACCACCGCUUGUCUGUCAGCCCCGCUCUCCCCAGCACACACCCACGUACGCACACGGAUGCCAAGGAGAAAGGCGUGUUGGAAAGAGCUGUUCGAGUAGCACCACACUGUGUUCCCGGUGUUGGUGUGCUUUCCCCUCAGACCACGCUCCUUCUCUUUUAUGCUGAAAGCCUUUAUUCUGGUGCUUCCACCCCCCCCUUUUACAAUUGUGUUUUUCUGGGAAAGAAAUGGAUAGGAAAUAGCAAUUUCUGGCUGAAUUGUCUGUCCAAGAAUUGAGUUCAAAUACAGUAUUGACGCCGUGUAUAACUUUGAGAGGCAGACGAUGUCAAGAAAACAUGCUACACCUAGACUGCUUAGUAUGGUUGUACCCUUGAGUUUAGGUGCGGGGAAGAAAUUGCGUUGUUGCUACACCCUUAAAGCCCUGCUUGUUUUAUCUUACAGAACGGUAUUAAGUCUAAAACACUCCCUCACCUCUGUCUUCUCUCCGUUUCCAAGGCUCUUCUUAUGCAAUUGGGACUAAGUAGAAGCCAUUGCUGGCUUACCUCAGGCUAGUUUUCUGUACAGAAGAGAACUUUUCUAUUCUUUCUAUUCUAGUUUUCUGUACAGAAGCCCUAAGAUGACCGUGACGUGAUUACUUUCUGCAUGGAUCAUUCUUACAGUUGCCACCAACUUAAGAGUCAGGCUUUCAAACCCAGGAGCCUAAAGUUAAAUCCAUAUAUUCGGUAGGCACCUAACAAGGGGGCUGCACUUUCAGGAAUACUGGGCACCAAAAUUUCCCAUUGACCUCCUCUGGGACUGCGGAGUGCACAGCACUCUUGAAAAUCUUGCCACUUCUUCAGGAGUCAAACUUCUGAUCUUUGAAAAUGUUGAAAAUCAUCAGAAAGGUACUGCCCUAAAGGGGAAUUGACAUGAGAUCUUGCAGCAGAGAGAUGCUUCCUCUGCAGACGGUAAAACGGUCAGGUGACCGAGACUGCAGUGAUAUCUGUCCGGCGCGAUAAAAUUGCAGCAUGACGUUUUUGGCUUGAUGCGUAGUUACAUCAGUCCAUGGUAGCAUCAUCAGGUCAUGACGCGGCAGCUUUGCGUAUUGAAGUGAAGCCAGGACAGCAUGUUGGGAUGCCCCAAAUUUGGGGCAGUGAAAGUAGCAUCCUGCAAAUUUAAAUGCAUAGGACAGAUGAAUGGAAGCCGGAGGCUGCUGUGCCCUGUUCGAUGAAUUCCUGGACAUCUGGCACGUCCCACAGCAUGCCCCCAACUACCGGAAAGCAGGCUUCUCUUGCUCUGCGCAGCCUAUGUCUUGGUGUUGGAUUUUCCAAACUGUUCUACUGGGGAAACAUUUUAACUGGGCCAAUCUUAUCCCUGGUGUAACUUUAUUGUCCAGUGGAGUUACUCCGUGGAUUAAUAAUUCCCCUCAAUUUUUGUACUAGUUUCCAAGAUUUAGGAUAUUUCAUUCAAAUGUGAUGCUUUUACAUUCUAAGCUAACUGAAAUAUCAAGAAAUGUGUAUAGCUUUGUCACAGGCCCAAGAGCCAGGCCUCAGUUUCCCCUUUUGGCUAUAUCAAUCAGUCCUGACUCACUUUGCCGUCAAUAACCCCUUAUUCAGGGGUAGCUUUAUUCAUUAAUAACCAAUAACUUAUGUCAAGAAAUAGUCCCAGGUCUCCAUUUCCUCCUUACCAGAAUUGCCAUUGUCUUCUUGCUUCUGCUCAUCAGCAAACUGCCAGCAGCCCCCCUGGCCUUCCCUGACUCAACUGCUUCACCCCGUCCAUGCUGGGCUUCAGUCUCUACUUGCUCCCUCUGUGGGGUGUGUGUCUCCUGGUCAACGUGCUCUUCCCCUUGCUACUGCCUUCCCAGGAGCCAGGCUCAAACUGCAGGCCUCUCUGCUCUUGAGGCAAACACCAGCUCUCUUCUGGGAGCUUCCUGACAGGAGCUCCCCAUGGUGUCCCUUCUCCUGGGACUCUGACAGUUCUCUUGGGACUCUCACUGUCAACCCUAAGUGCUUGUUCAGGGCUUAUUCCCAGGGAGGCCUAGUCUGCCUCUGGUGGGUUCAUCCAGGCUGCAUCAGCUGCAGGUCUUCUCUAGAGAGAGCAUCUCCCCUCCCUGGGUGACUUCCUGUUCUAGUAGUCUCCUCCGAAGACAGCUGCUCCAUUUCUAAUUAGCUAAAGGGGCCCAGCUGGAUCACCUCAGGCUCCCAGGUGUUUCCCACAGGGUCGUCAUGGGUAAGUUAGGCCCUGAUACUUCCUGAAGAGCCUCUGGCCCCAUGACAAGCUUCUAAUGUGACCUCUAUGAAGUGCGGGGGAGAGAUUUUUAUAUCCCACGCAGGCUGCUCUGUGCCUAGCACAUUCUCCUGCGUCAAUACUGUCUUGCUUGCCACCAUCUUCUGACGAGGCAGGACAUCCUCCAGGCAUUGUUGACUUUGGUUCUUGAUCGAGAGACACUGCUCUAUCCGAUUUCAGCUGUCGCUGGCCUGGUGGAAGCUCUCCUGUGGAGCAGAUGGAGUUACAUGGGAUUAAAUUCUUCCCCGGUGUGUCUAUAAUGCCACCUAAGUUCCCACUGAAGGUCUCUUUGGAGUGGCUUAGUCCUCUCUGCUGUGGCACUGACAUGCUACCCUGUGGAGGGGGGAGGGGGAGCCUUGCGUCAUUGACUGGCUUCCUGUAGAGGCUUUCUGUGAUGUGGGGCCUCAUGAGGAGAGUUGCACUAAAUGGGGCACGUCUGUCUGGGGUUCAUUUUGGGGCACAGCGAAUGUGACGCCCCCAGGGAGGGAGCAGGUGGGAGACCUUUUGCCUGAGCUGAAUGACUGACUGCAUUUCUCCAUUAAUCUGCCUACAGUGCAUUUAUUUUAGUUCAAUACCAUGAUGCCGUAAGUCGGGAUUUCCCCAGUGCUCACCUGUUGAUGCUUCCUGUGUUGGCACCUUAACGGCAGAGCCUCCAGACCUGCUGACGCCAAAGACGUGUUAACUGAAAAAAAUAUGCAUGUUCUGAAUGAGUUCUUAAAUUGAUCAGGCAGCUUUGUUUCCCCCGUUUGGCUAGUAACUAGCCGGCAGGCCUGUGGCCGGGUGAAACAAUACAGCAGCCCAUAUGUAAAGCCACCAAGUUCUAUGCGUGACUCUCUGAAUGUCUGAGAUGAUCAACUGGGCAAAACAAAAAUUCAUAUCCUCGCAAUUAAAGAAGUAAGAUUCCAGAAGGUGCAUGAACUUGGAGGUUGAAAUUAAAUGUUCUGGUUUCUUUUCAGGUUAACAAACUCACCUUUUGCCUUUCUUCUGGUUAAAUUGGCAUCAUUGCGAGUUUCAGCUCUGUGUAACCCAAUCUUUCCUAUGCCAUGGGGGAGCGAGGGGUUGUAGCUUCUUAGUUAGUGUUGUGUUGGAGAGCACUGCUGUUAAAGGGGACACAGUUGGUCUUACUCAAUGGAUAGGCGUGGGGCAGGAAACCCAUGCUAACAACAUGCUUUUAACCUUUCCAUUGGAUGCAGGCCUCUUGUGGAUGCUUGUUAAAUAUUCCUGCAGGAUUUGUGCAUUGGAGUCCAGAUUUUUUUUUAACAGCACAAAACAGCGGUACAAUGCUAAAUCCAUCAGUUCUUCAGAAACGGGGGAUGAGAGCAUUUAUCCAGAGUCUUUAUGUAGUUUGAGUUCUUAGUGCCUUUUUAUAUAUUCACUGUUUGGAAAGAAAUGAAGUUUAACAGUCAUUGAAGAUUUGUGAAAAUAAAACCAUAUUUUUGAAACAAUUGUAUAAUGAAAUCUAUAAAAGACAGAUCAGCUGCAGUAUUUUUUUAUACUUUAUUCAUUGGGAGGCUUGACUUAAUUCUGGUAUUAACUGUGUUAAUUGUAGCUUUCAGUUUAGCCAGUGAGUGAGCUAUUGGUGCUUCGUCCCAGACAGGCCCAGUGUGAUUCUUAAGCACAUCAGACCCUCAGUCUACCAGUAAAAGACAUGUCUCUUUCCCUUUUCAUUCAAAGCUUUUGGCUGGACUAUGAAGCCAACCAAGCUACCAAAGAUCCAGUUGUUUCAUAAAUGAAAACGGGGACUUUGCAUGUUUGAAGUGUCUGUUUUACGUUGUGAUGAUCUUUGCCUUGCUUUUUAUGCUGGUGGUUUUGUAUGUAUGCCUUAUGUAUGGAGUAUUUGUUACAGGUAAAUAUAAUUCUGCACCUGAUGUUUAUUCUGGUCUUUCA